CCCCACCGGAUUUUAAGUCAGAGUUGGGGUUGUGUAAGGAAUAUAUGACCAUCCUGUGUCCGAUUAGACUGUUGUUGGUAAAAUGAGAGUACUUAAAGCAGGCCUGUUGACGAAAACGCAUCUUUUAGCUCCGGGGAGCGUCACUCUGAAAAAGGUGCUCAUCAACAGCUGUCGGACAUGCUCCUCUGGUGUCUUUCCUAACGACAGGAUCCGAAAUAUCGGGAUUUCUGCGCACAUCGAUUCGGGGAAGACCACAUUGACCGAGCGCGUCCUUUAUUAUACAGGCAGAAUAGCAGAGAUUCACGAGGUGAAGGGCAAGGAUGGGGUUGGAGCCACUAUGGACUCAAUGGAGCUGGAGAGACAGAGAGGCAUCACCAUUCAGUCAGCUGCUACAUACACCGUUUGGAAUAAUCACAACAUCAAUAUCAUUGACACGCCAGGUCACGUUGACUUUACCAUCGAAGUGGAGCGAGCGCUGCGUGUGCUGGAUGGAGCGGUGCUGGUCUUGUGUGCCGUGGGAGGAGUCCAGUGUCAGACCAUGACAGUAAACAGACAGAUGAAGCGCUACAACGUUCCCUUCCUCACCUUCAUCAACAAACUAGACCGCAUGGGCGCCAACCCCAACCGUGCUCUGCAGCAGAUGAGAACUAAACUCGGCCACAAUGUAGCCUUUGUGAACAUCCCCAUCGGCCUGGAGGGAAACAUGCGAGGCAUCAUUGAUCUUGUUGAGGAGCGCAGCAUGUACUUCGAAGGACCUUUUGGUCAAGUUAUCCGUUUUGAUGAGAUCCCAGCUGACUUUCGAGCUGAGGCUUCAGAUCGGAGGCAGGAGCUGGUGGAGUGUGUGGCGAACGCUGAUGAAAUUUUGGGAGAGAUGUUUCUUGAGGAAAAGAUUCCGACUAAUGACGAUUUAAAGGCUGCGAUCCGCCGAGCCACAGUGCAGCGUCUCUUCUCUCCAGUUCUAGUGGGCACAGCGCUGAAGAACAAGGGCGUACAGCCUUUACUGGACGCUGUACUGGAUUACCUGCCCAACCCCACCGAAGUCAAAAACUAUGCCAUCCUCAAUCAAGAAGAUUCCAGCGAGACAUCAAAGAUUCUGAUGGACCCUGCAAGAACCCCCGAAAACCCCUUUGUUGGUUUGGCCUUCAAACUCGAGGCAGGGAAGUUUGGCCAGUUGACGUAUGUGCGUGUGUAUCAGGGUUGUCUGAAGAAGGGGGAGUACAUCUACAACACACGCACCAGCAAGAAAGUCAGAGUACAGAGGCUAGUGCGCCUCCAUGCAGACCAGAUGGAGGAUGUGGAUGAGGUUUAUGCAGGAGACAUUUGUGCUUUGUUUGGGGUCGACUGUGCAAGUGGAGACACUUUCACAUCCAAGACCAGUGCAAACCUCUCUAUGGAGUCCAUUCACAUCCCAGAGGCUGUUAUCUCCAUGUCCAUGAAACCGUCCAACAAGAAUGACACAGAUAAGUUCUCCAAAGGUAUCAACCGAUUCACGCGAGAAGAUCCCACAUUCAGAGUACAUUUUGACACAGAGAGCAAAGAAACCAUCAUCUCAGGAAUGGGCGAGCUGCAUCUGGAAAUCUACUCCCAGAGGAUGGAAAGGGAAUACAACUGUCCAUGUGUGAUGGGAAGACCCAAAGUGGCUUUCAGGGAAACGAUCACCGGUCCUGUAUCGUUUGACUUCACCCAUAAAAAGCAGUCUGGUGGCUCUGGACAGUACGGUAAAGUUACUGGGGUACUUGAGCCGCUGGAGUCUGAACAUUAUACCAAGCUAGAGUUUGAAGAUCAGACUGUAGGAACCAACGUCCCGAGGCAGUUUGUACCAGCUGUGGAAAAGGGGUUCUUAGAGGCCUGCGAAAAGGGACCUCUGUCAGGACACAAGAUCUCAGGAGUCAGAUUCAUCUUGGAAGAUGGAGCAAAUCACAUGGUCGACUCCAACGAGAUCUCCUUCAUUCGUGCAGGACAAGGCGCUCUAAAACAAGCCAUGGAGAAGGCCAACACAGUCAUCCUGGAGCCAGUCAUGGCUGUAGAAAUCGUGGCACCUCAGGAGUUUCAGGGAGUGGUCAUUGCUGGGGUGAAUCGCCGUCAUGGUGUUAUUACAGGACAGGACGGGUCUGAAGGAUAUUUCACUUUGUACGCUGAUAUUCCUCUCAACGACAUGUUUGGAUAUGCCACAGAGCUACGAUCCUGCACUGAAGGAAAAGGGGAGUACACCAUGGAAUACAGCCGAUACCAACCCUGCCUGCCAGCAACACAAGAGGAACUUGUCCACAAAUACUUGGAGGCUACAGGGCAGCUCCCUACAAAGAAAAAGUGGAAGAACUGAAAACUGUCUGUAUUUAAAAAACUGUACUACUAUUGGACUUUGGAAAGACCACCAUCCCUCAUCUUUACACACUUUCUGGCCAUCAUCAAACAUGCUUUGACAAAACCUCAUAAAAGCAUGUCAUGUGUUUCUAUUGUAGAAAAUGUUCAGUUCUCUUUUGCUUGUCUGGUUCCCAUGAAAACAAACAUAUUUAUCACUUACAUUUUAGCACCAUUUGGUUUCUCUACAGCCAGCAUGUAAAGAUAGUGGCAAAUGUGUCAACUUCAGGAAACCUGAGUGUUUUGGUUUGAACUUAUAAUGGCUUUUGUACUGUGUACAGAAUGGCCUCGAUAUAUUAAUGAUUUCAACAAAGAUAUAUUUCCUUCUUUUAGAAUAUAGCUCUUUGUGUUGAUUGUUUUUGCCUCAGAUCUUUAAAACACAUUUUCU